ACUUUGGAAAGUGUAAAGGUUAUAGUUCCCUUGAAAGAGAAAGCAGAAUAAUAAUUCCUUUUUUUUGAAAAGGAUGUAAUAAUUGACCUUGGCUCACUUGGUAGCAUUACUUCCUUUGAGUUCAACAGUCAGGGGCUCAAACUCCACUAUGGGUUAGAACAGUGCAGUAACUGGGAGAAGAACUGUCCUUAGUGUGAGAAAAGUCUCAUAAACCUGCCUGUGGAGUUUAACAAUUUCAUUGGGGGAACUUCCUUCUUCCUUUAAAAAUGCCAUCCAAUAAAUCAGUGUCCGAUGCCCCAAUUACACAGUUCCUGAACUGUCAUAUUCUAAAGGAUCACACGCUACAGAGGGAGGACCUUUGGGUCCGUGAGGGGAAGAUCCUCAACCCGGAGAAGCUGUUCUUUGAUGAGAAAGGUUAUGCUGAUGUUCAGAUUGAUUGUAAGGGCAGCAUCAUUGCCCCGGGCUUUAUCGACACGCAGAUCAAUGGGGGAUAUGGAAUUGACUUCUCAUCAGCCACAGAUGAUAUGAAAUGUGGGGUGUCCAUGGUCGCUCGAAGGCUGCUUUCCACUGGAGUGACCUCCUUCUGUCCAACACUUGUGACCUCCCCAGUCUCUGUCUACCAUCAGGUUAUUCCUCAAAUUGAGGUACAGGAUGGUGGUCCUAAGGGAGCAGGGAUUUUGGGUCUACACCUGGAGGGGCCAUUCAUUAGCAAAGAGAAGAAGGGUGCACACCCUGAUCAAUAUCUGCAAACGUUCGAAAAGCACGGGUUCCAGGAUUUAUUGGAUACAUACGGCUCCCUGGACAACGUCCGAAUCGUCACAUUGGCUCCUGAACUCAACAGGAGUGAAGAGGUUAUCAGGGAACUGGUCAGACGCGGGAUCUGCGUCUCACUGGGACAUUCUGUCUCCAACCUGUCACAAGCCGAAGCUGCGGUGAAACAAGGAGCCACCUUUAUCACCCACCUCUUCAACGCUAUGCUGCCGUUCCACCACCGCGAUCCAGGAAUUGUGGGCCUUCUGACUAGCAAUGAGAUUCCUGCUGGACAGUCCAUAUUCUAUGGAAUGAUUGCUGAUGGGAUUCAUACAAAUCCUGCAGCUUUGAGGAUUGCUUAUCGAGCACAUCCCACAGGGUUGGUACUGGUGACAGAUGCAAUCAUGGCGAUGGGACUUCCAGCAGGACGACACACAUUGGGGCAGCAGGUAAUCGAGAUUGAUGGGCUACAUGCCUAUGUUGCAGGGACCAAGACACUGAGUGGGAGCAUUGCUACAAUGGAUAUGUGUGUCCGACACCUCUGGCAGGUUGCAGGCUGUUCAAUGGAGCAUGCGCUGGAAGCUGCUUCACUUCGUCCUGCUGAGCUCCUUGGGAUUUCACAGACAAAGGGAACCCUGGAGUAUGGCACUGAUGCAGACCUGGUGCUGAUGGAUAAGGAGCUAAAUGUCAAAGCAACGUACAUCGCAGGAGAAUGGGUGUGGAAACACUGUAAGGUUGCAAAUGAGUUGGAAAUGGGCAGUGAAUAACAUGUCGGCCCAAUAUGAGCAAGUGACAUCUGAGACUGAGUGAUCAUUUCUGGCUGGCUGGAUGAAUAGAACAUUGAACUCGUAUACACUGGACACCAGGUUCACACUGCCCACAGGCACAUUCACCAUUCUCAACCUCUAAGGUUUUCACCCAUCUGUGCAUUUACCUCAACUGUGCUAAAUUUUCAGCAUAAAGUACCUGCCUCUGUUGA